AUGAAUAACUUAUCUUCAAGUACCAAUUUGUCAUUAAUCAUAGCAACUGAAGAUGAAGUGACAGGACCUGUCAUAACAUUGAUCCAGGCUUCAACACUAAUCAUUGGUGCUGCGUUUAUAGCAUUUUUUGUCAAUUUAUAUCUUUUAGUGUGCUCAACUUUCCUGAGGCGACCACUAACAGUUAAUUUACAAUUAUGUCUUAGUUUAACAACUUCUGACUGUGCUGGAGCAUUUUUUUAUAUUUUGAGUAACUUGGUAAAUAUAACUCUUCCCUACUUAUUAAAUACAAAGGAAAUAAUAUCAAAUUGUUUUACAUUAGUAAUAGAAGCAUUUAAAAUUGCAACAUUUUUUGCUUCUGUUUUUAAUUUGUUAGUUCUUGCUUUGAAUCAUUAUAUUGGAAUCGUUUAUCCAUUAAAUAGACAUGCAAUUACAUCAAAGACUGUUAAAUUUGCCAUUCUCGUCGCAUAUUUAUUUCCAAUCAUGGGAAUGAUGACACUUUUCUCUGUAAUGCCCGGUCUUGGUUUUCAAGCUGAGAAAGCUUUUGGUUUCUUCUCUCCAAAUGGAUGUGAGGGAAGCAAAAUUUUUAAUGAAGUAUUAGUAAGAUGGAUAAUUGUUGCUCCAUUUGUAGUUUUUGUCAUUAUCAUAUCUUUUCUUUACCUGCACAUUCUUUUACACAUGCACAAAUUAUCACAAGAUCCUAUUUUAAAUCAACCAGGAACAAAUGUCAGCAAACGUCAAAAUAAUAAAAGGCUCCUUGUCACAAUAAUGCUUCUUGCUGGAUCAGCUAUUCUUGGAUGGCUACCAACAUUAUCACAAUAUGUAUUAUUUUGUAAUGCUUGUCCAAUUAAAUUACCAAGACAGACAUAUUUUUAUCUAAUGGUUGUAGCAAUGCUCCUAAAUGUUAUGAAAUUUAUAGCUGAUGCAUUUAUCUAUGCUAGUCGUUUAAUUGAAAUUCGUUAUGCAAUAUGGAUGUUUAAUAUGACAAUUUUAUCAAAUUUCCCUUGUUGUAGGAAUAUGAAAUUUGACAUGCCACAAACAUUUAACAAAUAUUUAUCCGAGACAAAAGAAAGACGUUCAGUUGCAUCAAGUAAACGUGUCAUUUUAGAACGUAUUCGUGAAGCAGGGAGAUCUUCAAGAACACCUUAUACUAGAACAGUUAGAACAAAUUAUAUUCCAGAACAACAAAGAUUGUUAUAA